AUGGCGAGUUUCGGGGAAACAUCCAAGAGAAAGUUCGGAUCCUGGGGUGAAGUCCCAAAUAAGUCGAUAAAACGAGUCCGCACCGAAAAUGGCGGAACCGACCUCUCCAAACUAGAAGCCACCCUGUCGGCAGAAUUGGGCUUCGCCGUUUUGCAAUUCCUGCCCUUCCGAGAUGCAAUCGCUCUUGCCCUUACCAAUAAGGGCAUGAAAAGCUGGGUGCUGCCAGAGCUGUACAGAAUCCAUGCCAGAGAGGCAAAGAAAGAUGAUUCUCUUGUGCCCCUGGCUCUCCAGUGGGCAGUGUGGUACGGCAAGUCGUCCGUGUUCGAGGCCUCUAUCCAGGCCAUGGAUGAAAUCGGCUUGGAUUCCAAUGAGGUGGUGACCAGAACACUUAGACAAGGUUGCGAACUUGCCGAAAUCCUGAGCAAAGGCCGUCAACAGUGUUUGCCGGGCAAGGUCCGCCCGGUGCGAUGGAGCACUGGCUUUGACAUGCCAGGGCCCUUUUUGCAGUUGCUCGAUAUAGCAUGCUUUCGAGGUCAUUUCGACUUGGUCAAAGUUUUGGCCGAUAAAGCAGGAGAUAUUAGCCAGGACCCAGCUACAGGAUUCAAGUCUCACGUGGCAUAUGCACUGAAUGCGGACAUAGCCAAGUUUCUCAUCAAUCGCGGGGCGUCUAUGGGCACAACAGAAGACAACUGCGCAUUCCUAGGUCUUACAAGACGUGCAAUUUUGCUACACAACUGUCAAGACAGGAGGAGGCUCGACGACACAGAGCAGAAAGAAACGGAUGUUCUUGCCACCAUUGAGUACCUUGUUAAUUCUGGCCAUAAAGUUUCCUCGCAAUACACGAACAUCUGCAUCCAUCCCUUUUAUUGCGCAGUUACAACAACUAGCGAGCCUAAACUCAUUCGAAUGCUCUUCAAAGCGGUCGGUACUUCUACAUUAACACACUCGACUACGGGUGUCACCCGCAAUUUGGUAACCAUGGCCAUGCGCCAGCGUCAAUGGGAAGCAGCCUCUCUUCUAAUCGACGCUGGUGGUAUCCCAGAGGGCGAAUGCGUCAUUAGUAUGUCGUCAAUUUGGAAGAACAACCCAGAGGACCCGUUUGUCAAGAAGUUGCUGCGGCUUGUGCCUGUGGACGCUACUGCAAACGGAGAACUGCUUACCGUACGCGCGAUCAAAAUGCAUGAUUUCAAACUCCUUGAAAUGCUUGCCAAAGCCGGCUUUGCGUGCCCAGACAAAGCCAUUCAUUUUGGAAAGUGGAAGUUAGACCGCUUAUGGUUGUUUAUGGCGGAACGUUGA